AUGACGGUCACCACAAACGGAAUCACUUUUGCCCACAUCUCCAUCAAGCCUUUGCACCCGACCUUCGGUGCCGAGAUCAGUGGCGUGGACUUUUCGUCUCCCUUGAAAGUUGAAGUAUUCGAGGAGAUAUACCAAGCUGUGACCAAGUAUGGUGUCGUCGUCUUCCGUAGUACGGGCCUCACAGAUGAGGGCCAUAUUGCAUUCUCUAAAAGAUUUGGGGAUCUAGACGACGUGAAACCGUAUAUCGCUGCUGGUCGGAAACAACGUCUCAAAUACGCAGAGCUCUUCGAUGUCAGCAAUGUCGACACCGACGGGUCUAUCCUUGACCCUACAAGCCCACGUUCCCAGGCAAACAAGGGUAAUGACCUCUUCCACGUGGACUCGAGCUUCAACCCCCGCCGCGCCGGAUACUCGCUUCUCCUAGCACACGAGCUACCACCAAGUGGAAUGGGCGGCCACACUGCCUUUGCAGACACGAGGACUGCAUUCGAUGAUCUUCCCCAAGGUUUCAAAGAGGAGCUAUUGGCCAAAGACUACAUAGCUUGCCACUCUAUGCACCACUCUCGCAAAGUAGCCGCCCCCGACGCCUUUGCCGAGCUCAACCCGCUAGAUUAUCCUAUGGGACGGCACAAAUUGGUGCAGCGUCAUGAGCCAUCCGACCGUAUGAAUUUGUACAUUGCGGCCCACGUUCAUCAUAUUGAAGGCCUCGCUUCCGACGAAUCACAGGCAUUGUUUGACCGGUUGUUCAAGCACGCCACUCGUGAUGAAAAUACCGUGGAGAUUGAGUGGCAGAAACCGGGCGAUCUAGUUAUUUGGGACAAUACGUGCACUAUGCACCGGGCUGUUGGGGGUCCUUUCCUUCGGACAUACAAGCGGGAUAUGAGACGGACGACUGUUCAUGAUUCGAGCUCGACAGCCUGGGGAUUAAAUGAGCAUACUGAUGUCAGGCAAGGGCUUCCUUGA